AUGAAUUAUUUAUAUAUAACUAUUUAUCCAUUUAAUCUAUUUACAAUAACAACAUUGUUAAGAUUGAUUAAUAUUUUUCUAAUACAAUAUCUAACUACUGCUCGUAAACAAUGUUUUAAUUUGGAACAUGAAUUAGAUUAUUGUUCUAGAAAGCACAAAGUUCAUAUACCAACAAGUCAAUUAUCUGGUUAUAGUUUUGGUUACGGUUCAUUAAAUGACACAGAAUAUAUGUGCCGUACUCGAUGGCACAUAUUAGUAUUUCAUUGUAUGAGAAAAAGGGCUGAAGAAUCAUGUAAUCAUUCUGAUGAGGAGAAAUUUCGACAAAUUAUAUGGUCCAUUUCUCUAGAUACAAGAAAAUUUGAAAAAGCUGCUGCAUAUAUAUGUCAUGAACAUAAUUUAAGAAUUUUACGUGAACAUCAGUACAAAUGUUUAAAACAACAAGAGAAAUUAGCUGAACAAUGUGCAGUUCAUAGAAAUGAAACAAUCAAAGAAGUUGUAUUAGCAUUACAUAAUCAAUCUAGUCGUUUAUUAUCUAGUCCUAAUGAAUAUUAUUCGAUAAUUAAACAUACCUUAACAUCAUAUGAAUGCAAAUCUCUACGAACAAAACUGGAUUGUUUAUAUAAUAUAUUACACAAUGCGUGUCCAUCAAAUGCAGUACGAUUAAUAAUGAAUUAUUUUAAGGAGACAUUACCUGAUGGUUGUACAUUUAAUUAUGAAACACGAUUAUCAAAACAUUUAGAAUCAGUACAAAUGACUCAGUUAAUUAAUAAUGAUGAAUAUAUAGAUGAAAGGAAUAUUAUGAAGCAAACAGUCAUUCAUAACUUUAAUGAUAUUCAAGCAAGUUCAAGCAAAUCUGUGAAGAAUUAUGCUUGUUUGAUAAAUUACAACUUUUUGAACAUAACGCUUACAGAACUUAUUAUUGUCUAUACUUUAAUAUGUAUUAAUCAUUGA